AUGGCGACCGCAGAGGUCCAGCUCCCCAGCUCGGCCGUUCCCUCCUUCUUCACGGCCGGUACCCCUAAAGCCAGGCCAGCCACCACGCCGAGGGCCGUCGAAACGACACUGAACUACCACAAGGACAAUGAGGACGGCUCGCCACCCGCGCCAACCUAUACCCACAUUCCAGAAAGCUAUGAGCGACCAAUCGAAUCGCACACCGUGAGCAUCAGCGACAUCACGGGCCGCGAGACCGACUUCACGCUUGAUGGCAACGGGUUCCAGAUCCACCACCACGUGGCGGAGGAGAAGGACUUCGCGGACGAUGCGCAUGUCAAGGCAGUUUACUACCCCGAGACAGAGCAGUUGCUGAAGGACGUCACUGGCGCCUCCAAGGUCUUCAUCUUCGACCACACGAUCCGCCGCCCUUCAGGCGACAAAAAUGACGGCAACACCGCCAACUCCAAGCCAAGCCCCGGUUUCCGCGGCCCCGUCCAGCGCGUGCACGUCGACCAGACCUACCAAGCCUCUCUCUCGCGCGUAGCGCACCACCUGCCGGCCGAAGAGGCGUCCGUCCUGCUCCAGGGCCGCGUGCAGAUCAUCAACGCCUGGCGGCCCAUCAAGCGCGUCGAGCGGGACCCGCUUGCCGUCGCCGACGCGCACUCGGUGUCCGAGGACGACCUGGUGCCCAUCGGGCUGAUCUACCCGACGCGCAAGGGCGAGACGUUCGGGGUGCGCCACAGCGACCGCCAUCGCUGGUACUACAAGAAGGGGCUGGCGCCCGACGAGGUGCUGCUGAUCAAGUGCUUCGAUACCAAGACUGAUGGCAGGGCGCGCCGCGUGCCGCAUACGGCGUUUGUGGACCCCGGCUCGGAGGAGGGGGCGCCGGCGAGGGAGAGUAUUGAGGUGAGGGCUUUGGUGUUUCAUCCUGAGGAUGGGGAGUGA